ACAUUUCGAUGUGCUAAAAAAAUAGUUUUUUUAUGGAAUAAUGAAAGCGAAAAAAUCAACAAAAGCAUUCUCAUUUUCGACAACAUGUAGGUUAUGUUUAGCACCACAAAAUAAUAUGAUACAAAUUUUUGAUAAAAAUGUACCAGAUCUACCAAAUAAUAUUUUUUAUUGUACUUCGUUGCGUGUAAUUCAAAAUGAUCGACUUCCACAUUCGGUAUGCAAUGCAUGCUUUGAACAGAUUGUAAAAUUUGUAACAUUUAAACAAAUAUGCCAUAAAGCUGAUGAACUACUACGUGAAUCAGUGAACUCGGAUAACACCGAUAUUGAUCAAUCAUUAUUUGAUACCGAUUCGCAACCAUUCAAAGAUGAACAAUACGAAAAUAGUCAAGAUGAAAUUAAAUAUUUAUCAAAACCUGAGUCAGCGAUCCAGGAUGAUAUUGGAAUCAGUGGUGAUUAUGAUGAACAAUCAAAUCAUGAUGAUAGUUUUGAUCAACGCGAUGAUUCUUUUGAUCAACAAUUGGAAGAUGAUUUGGAUUAUAAACCAUCACAGGUUUAUGCCAAACAUCCGGGAAAUCGAAGGGGGCGGCCACCUGGAAGAAAAAAUAGCAAUAGAACAUCAGAUGACGAUUCCUGUCCAACAAAAUCAACCAGGAAAAAACGAAUGUUUUCAACAAACCAGGAAGAUUAUGAACUGUAUGAUUCGGAAGAUGAUUCUUUGGAAAGUUAUUUAAUUGCUUUGGAGAGACAAGAUAUGAUAAAACAAGCUGCAAAAUGUAAUUACAUUUGUAAUAUUUGUUUCGCGUCAUCGAAAACAAUGUUGGAUUAUCUGGAACAUCAAGAAAAUCAUGAAGGAAAACCUGUUUUCCAUUGUGAAAGAUGUCCAGAGGUAUUUAAUAAAAAAGUCGAUCUCAUUAUUCAUGAAGGUCAACAUCAAGUUCCUUGUCCCACUUGUGGAAAAUUAGUGCGUCCUAUUAGCUUAAAAACACACAUGGUCUCACAUACAGAUAAAUUUAAAUGUCAAAUAUGUGGCGUACGUACUGGCAAUAAAAAACAAUUAGAAAGUCAUGACUUUCUAGUACACAACGAAAUUCGUGAACACGUUUGUGAAACGUGUGGCAAACGUUUCAAAACAAAAUCCGCCCUCAAAACACACAAUAAAUCACACAGUGAUAUUCGUGCCUAUCCGUGUAAACUCUGCUCGUAUGCUGGACGUACAGCGAGUGGUCUUUACACACACAUGACACAACAUGCAAACGAUCAAAUUGUUUGCGAUGUCUGUGCUAAAAUAUUCACAUCACGACGACGACUCAACGAUCAUAAAUGGCGGAUACAUAAUCCGGAGAAGAAACAUGAAUGUUCGUUCUGUUUGAAGAAAUUUGCACAAAAAUCUAAGUUAACUGUACAUAUACGAGUGCACACCGGUGAUCGUCCGUACUCGUGUAAGUUGUGUGCGAGAGCGUUUGCACGAUCUGAAGUGUGUAGGGCACAUGAAGCGAAGUGUGCUAUGCAACGGUUUCGUUCACAUUGUGCGCUUCCAGCACCGAAUAGUGAUGGUAGUGCCAUUGUAGUGGAGCAGCAACAAGCGCCAGUAUCAUCGUCUGAUGCGAGCUCGUUUUUCAAAAAGGAAGAUAAAUUUUGUGAUAGUGCACUUUUACAAAGAACUGAAUUAUCCAAUGUAUUAUAAAGUGUUUUGUUUCCUUGGUAAAUGUUCCUUCUAUAGAGUGGCCACAAACCGGCAAAAUCGGGAACAAUCAAAAAAUUUGAACGGCAACAAAUUUCCUUCCUGCAAACUUUGUUGAUAUUUCAAUAAUAUUGAAGAAUUUAAAACUUGGGCAUUAUAUUUUGUAAACGUACAACUUAUCUCAAAUUUUUAACAUUAGGAAUAUUAUUAAUUUUUUUGAGACAACCUGUAUAUAAAAAUAUACUUAUUGUACAUAAGUUUUUUUACUUAAAUUAGGGUGGAUUAUGAAAAUUAUGAAAUGCUCCGGACUUGGACCUUGAAUCGAACCCAGAUAAAUCUGAGUUGGCCAUUCAUGCAGUGAUUUGUACGUAGAUUUUUUUAUCUCUUUUUUUAUCUAAAAGAAUUAUAAUUUUCUUAUAAACCAAUCAAAAUCAACGAUGAACGAAUUGAACUAAACUGCACACCUCGCGUUUACAUUUUAACUGAAUUCUUUCAUGUAUGCAACAUUUUUUCAUGUUCCAACGCAGAUGUUAGAAGAUAUGCCCUACUUUUGUUGUAUUCAACUCAAAGUUCAAACCAGUGUUGCCAGAUUUCCCGUUUUUUCUUCGAAAUUUACCGUUUUUAUUAUUUAGGUAGCACAUUUAUAAUAAUGAAGAAUCAUGCUAAGCCACUACAUUUCGCACCUCGGCGGAUAUUUUGAAUUUAAUUUGAUGAACUUUUUAUUCGGUAAAAAUUUGAUUUAUCUAAAAAUA